CCCCCUCACCUCCUGCCCCUGGACCAGAGGAACCGAGGAACAAGAUGCUGCUGAAGAUGCCCCAGAAGCUGCUGAGGUCGGCCACCUACAUCGAGCUGGGCAGCUACCAGCACUGGCCCGUGCUGGUUCCACAGAACAUUCGGCUGUACACCUACGAGCAGGUGCCCCUCUUCCUCAAGGAGAACCCCUUCAUCACUGACGGGUACCGGGCCCACCUGCCCUCCAAGCUCUGCCUGAGGAGUAUUUUCAUGAUGUCCAAUGAGACGGUGAACAUCUGGAGCCACCUGCUCGGCUUCCUCCUCUUCUUCUAUCUGGGCGUCAAUGACGUCACCUCGACCCUCCCGGCCUCUGGAGCCAAGAGAGAGGACUACGUCAUCUACGCUAUAGGGCUGUUCUGCUUCCAGGUGUGCAUGUUGUGCUCGGUGGGUUAUCACCUGUUUGCCUGCCACCGGUCAGAGAAGACGUCCCGGCGCUGGCUGGCACUCGACUACGCCGGUAUCUCCGUGGGCAUCCUGGGCUGCUACGUCCCCGGGAUCUUCUACGCUUUCUACUGUAACGCUUUUUGGCGACAGCUCUACCUGCUGACCGUGCUCUCCCUAAUCCUCGCCGUGUUCUGCGCCCAGGUGCACCCCCGCUAUCUCAGCAACGACUGGCGACACAUACGUGUGGCGAUCUUCUGCAGCGUGGCCGGCAUCAGUGUGAUUCCCGCCUGCCACUGGGUCGGGGUCAACGGAGGAUUCUCCUGUGAGGUUGUACAGCUGUUCCUGCCUCGUGUGAUAGUGAUGUACCUGAUCGCUGGAUCUGCGUUCCUGUUCUACGUCACCAAAAUCCCCGAACGCUAUUUCCCUGGCCAGCUGAACUACCUGGGCGCCAGUCACCAGGUGUGGCACAUACUGGUGGUGGUGAUGUUUUACUGGUGGCACCAGACGGCCGUGCACAUGAUGCAGUUCAGACACAGUCAGCCCUGCCCGGCCCUCACCAGCAGCAGCUAAGUGAAAACACAUCAGACAGUGUUGUUUUCAAAGAUUGUAGGUAAACAACCAAUUCAACUAACAAUGUAAAUAUCAAGAAACGUCUAACCAGUGAAAGCAGCUGUUACAAGUCCCAACCACUAAGCAGAGGCCCUGACACUGGGACAGUACUGGGACACUAUUAGCUUUCACUCCAAUCAGCCAACAGUGGCUGGGUGACUUUAAUUAUUCUAAUCAAUGUGUAACAGAUUAAAGAUCAGAGUCAUCAGAUCCCUGUGCAGAUCAAACCCCACGACCUGUGAAAUCGGCAUAAACAGUUGUGUGAUUCUGCUGCUCCACAAAGUUUCUCCCUGAAUAUAUAUAUAAAUAUAUAUAUAGCAGCCUCUGGUGUUGCAUUGUAGCCAUUAGAUCAAUGCAUGAUGUGGGAAUUUGUAUUUAUCUCUUGAAACAAACUGAGCUUUGAUGUUUUUCUAGACUAUCAUAAUCCAGUAGUUGGUUUCAAUUGUGAUUUUUACAUCGGGGAAACAUUACCGCCUCUGUGAACAAUGACUGCUGCCUAUGACUUUGGUUUAUCUAUCAUUUCGAUUAGAUUAUGUGAAACGUCUGGAUAAACGGUGGAAAGCACUGAAAAUAUCAUAACUACUGGAUAUUCAGCAUUUGAAGCUUGUGAACAAAUAGUUAAAGGUCUGUAGAGAAUAAUUCUGCCACAACUGACGAGGUUCAGAACUGAAAAACUCUUGGAACCUUUUGUCUUUUGAACAAAUAAGCCGUUAGUUUAGGACAAAAAUGAAACUGAAGAACCCCUUUUGACAGAAAGUGGUUCAAAAACCUGCUCAAUUAAAAGCAUAUCACUCGACGAUUAAUGUUCUUCUCUGUGAAAGGACCUUUGAAUGAGCCCGGGGGUUCAAUGAAGUCACGUUUUUGCUGACAUGUCAGUGAGCAGGCGAACGGCCACAUGUCAGCUCGGCUUUAGGCACAAUCCUGAAUCAGCUGUAGUGGUUAUCACACCUGAGGGUCCUCUGCCAUAAACUCCCCAUAAAGACUGAGUGUGUGGGAAAUGUUCAUCUACUUGAUGCCUAUGUUUAAAUAAGGCCAGUGUUAAGUUGUUGAGAUAACGCAACAAACUUCCAUAUUUUAAUAUUUAAUGCAGCCCGGCUGAUGUGGGUUUUUAGGGGUCGAUGCUGAAAUUCUGAUACGAUGUAUUUGCUGAUAAAUAAGUUUGAAAAAUGUUCAAUUAUUUUUUAAAUGUCACUAUCAAACCCUUAUGACAGAGGUUUGAUAUUUUAUAGUUUAACCAUAAUCUUAAUUUUAACUAAUCACACCGAUACAAACAAAGUUAUUUAAAUGCAAAUCUUUUCUGCAUUGUUUCUUCUACAAAAUUAAAGUUUUCACACCGACAAACAUAAAUGUUGACACGGAUACGUCUGUGAAAGGCUCCGAUCGGCAAAACGACAAAUCAGUCGGGCUCUAAUAUUUAAUGUCAUGUUUUGUAUCUAUUUCCAUAUAGUUUUUGCCGUGUCUGUGAAUCAUUUGCCUUAUACUGUUUUGAGUAUUUUUACUGUAUACACGCUGUUACAAUCUGUGUUUGAUCAAGAACAUAAUCCAGAACAAAAUGAUCAGACUCCUCUUUCCUGUUACCCGAGGCCAGUAUGUGUUUUAUUUCCUCCCAGUGAGAUUUUAUCCUAAAUGAUGAAUAUCAGGAUGACUCCACUUAUUGCUGGAAAAUGCAGCGAACAUGCAGGUGCUGAGAGAAAUGACUUUAUUUUGCCUUCUUUAUAUUUUUCUGUGUGUUUAUUUUAUUUUGACGUGGCCGCCUGAUGAUCACAAACUGCUCGAUCUUUUACGUGAAUGAACCUUUUGAUUGUUUUAAUUUUGCUCGUGUGUGUUUACGGCGCUGACUUAUCAAGAUGUAUGAUAUUUAUUUCAGUGCCUCUUUGAAAAUAUAUUUUUAAAAUAAUUCAAAUGAAUAAAGAAUGCUGGGAAAUAAGUUA